AUGGCUCGAUCAGCCUCUACUUCGAGUCGACACCCUGACUCCACUACGAAGGAUAUAUCGGUCACGCACGAAGAAUAUGCUGAUGAAAAAGAAGAUCAAAACCUUGUCUAUUACCCCAACAGAUGGGCCGAAUGGCGGGAAUACUUACGUGAACCGUUCGCUGAAUUCCUGGGAGUCGCCAUCCUCAUCAUCUUCGGCACCGGCGUCGUUUGUCAGGUUUUUCUUUCCGCGAAUACGGGCGUGUCUGCUACCCCGAGAGGAGACUGGCUUGCCCUCAACUUUGGUUGGGGAGUUGGAACCGCCAUGGGCGUCUGGGUGUCUGGUGGAAUCUCUGGUGGCCACAUCAACCCAGCUAUCACCAUCGCAUUAGCUACCUUCCGGGGCUUCCCCUGGAAAAAAGUGCCAAUUUAUAUUUUGGCCCAAGUUCUCGGUGGUUUGGUCGGUGCUGCGUGUGUCUAUGGCAAUUAUUAUCAUGCGAUCAACAUCGUUGAGGGAGGAGUUGGAGUUCGCACUCUAAGCACUGCUGGCCUAUUCUCGACUUACGCGCUGCCGUACAUGACCAACGUAUCCGCCUUCUUCGACGAAUUCCUCGGCACUGUCGUCCUUACAAUUGUCGUGCUCGCCAUGGGUGACAGGCGUAACAUGCAACCACCCAGUGGGCUUGCUCCGCUUGUUCUCUUCAUGUUGGUCUUGGGAAUCGGCGCUUCUCUCGGAAUGCAAACCGGAUAUGCGAUCAACCCUGCUCGUGAUCUUGGACCUAGGAUCUUGACUGCAAUGGUUGGUUAUGGAAAACAAGUAUUUACAUUUCGAAACCACUAUUGGAUUUGGUGUCCUGUCAUGGGCCCCAUCCUCGGCGCGUUGUUCGGAGCUUUUGUUUACGAUGCGUUCCUGUACACCGGGGACGACAGCGUAAUUAACAAGCCUAAUGCCCAGGCUAGGCGUCGUAAUCUUCACGCUCAGUCCACGCAACGCAGGCAAAUUCCUGUUGCUGACGAAAUCGUUUAA